AUACUCGGCGUGUCCAGCAGGGGGAGCCACUCGCCAGAACUCUCCGCCACACUACCGAGACAUGUGGCCGACAAUCCUUGAAAUCUGUGCUCGCUUUUUAGCCACAAACAACUUUAGCUCGGCGAUUUGUUAGCACUUCCUGGGACGAAAAGUUUUUGAAGCCGAAACACCGAUCGGCGCGUGAGAGCCGAGCACGGCAGCACUUUGGACUGUGGUGAUCAGGACAGCCCGGGGCUGGACAUGACGGGAGCUGAAAGCGGCGGCCAAGGGUCGCCCUCCGAUGGGAGCGACAGCGAGGAGGCCGAGCGAUGUCCGAUCUGCCUGGGUGUCCUGGCCCGAGGAGAGCUGGCCAUGCCCGACAGCUGCUGCCAUGUCUUCUGCCUGGGAUGUCUGCUGACUUGGGCGGAGUUGCAGAUGGUCCCCUCUUGUCCCGUGGACAGAAGACCCUUCAGGAAUGUUUACAGAUGGGAUGGAGGUCUGCGCUGCGUGCAGGUUCCUGUGAGGAGACGAGUAGCCGAAGCCGAGAGUGGUCCUAACACCCAACAUGAAGCCUGUCUCAAAAACCACCUUAGGGAAAGGUCGAGGCGACAACAGGCAAAGACCACUGCCCAUUCCAAAACAAAAGGACUUGUGAGGAAAUGCAACGAUGACCCAUCGUCAGUGAGCCGGAAAAAGGUGAGAGGAACAGAGUGCUGUGCGUGGCCUUCAUCUCCGUUUAUCUCGUUAACCACGUCAACGCCGGAGAUUGCAGAGCCCCUGUUGGUGACAGAGGACAUACUGUAUGAAAGCAAACAUCAGGUACAAGACUGCCCUUGGUUCUCUCCUGCUGCUCCCAUAACUGCGACUGGAACCUCAAGUUUCCUUCCCACUAAUAGUAACCACAGUACGUUUACAUUUGGCCUGUGUUCAUCUCCCGUUACCUCCACGUCAUCGUCUGGGCCCGCUCAUUUUGUUUUUCAGGGUGUGGUCUGCGCCAUUACUUGUCCUAAAGGAGGAGAGAAGCGAGGUGGACGGGCCUCAAACUCCAAAGCUCCCACCAAAAAAGCCGAGUCGCUGCCGUCCAGACGAUCGGGGCGCAACAGUAAACCCCAGGCAGAACCGCCUGCGUCCGACCCGCCGUCCCCACCAAAGUCCAAUGUUUCCGACUCGGACUCAUCCGUCAGCCAGCCCUCCGAGCCGGGCCGGACUUCUCAGGUGCCUGCCAAAAGGAAGGGCAAGCAGGUAACGAACCGAAAGGCCGGCGGGAAGCGGAAAAACACGAGGAAAAAGCAAUCGUCCCAGAUUGUCGAAUGCCCAACUGCGAGUGAGGAUGAGGAGGCCGACGGGGUUGUCGACAGCGCCGACAAGGAAGGAGAACAAGAUGAAGUGAAGGCUGAAAUGACCAACUCCAAGCAGACUUCUGAUGCAGAUGCAAGUCUUAACGCAGAUCAGGAUGGUGUGGAUUCACCUGACGGUGAUGCGGAACCUUUAAGCAGUGACGUGGAGGUGGAGCAGGGCGUGACUGAGACCUGUGACAAAGACUCAGACGAUAAAGAGGCAGAUGAUUGUGACAGCCCCCCAUCUUGUUCCUCAAACUCCCCUCCAAAAAGCCCCGAGUCAUGCUCAGAUGGCAAACCGAGCACGCAAGAAGAUGAACCUCCUGCCAUUUCAAUUUCAACCGAAGAAGAAGAUGGGAAGAUCUCCACAUCGCCCCCUGAACCAGAGAACAUGCUGGAGAACCUGGCGUCUCCUGACAGCAUCAAGACGACUGAACAGGACGGUGAAAUGGAGGUUUGUGCAGGCUCCGAUGAAAGCAGCGAUGAAGAACAUUUGAAGGAUCCGCAGGCAGAAGCGUGUGAAAGCCCCAAGGCUGUCGAACACACCGAGGAAAAGGUCAUCACUCAAGAAACAAAAGAAUCUGAGGAAUCUGAUUCACAAACACUUGAAACCGCAGUGGAGCAGAAGUCAACUGAAGUGGACAUUUCAGCAGAAGCCAUCCAGGAUGACGAUGUCUCCAAAGAUGAUAAUAAUGUCAUUCCUAUGGACUGUAGCUCACCCUUGAGCGAGCAUGGUAGCACGUCUGGUGCCACUUUGGAGGUAUCAGAUGAGAGGAUUGUAUCAGCUGCUGCUGAAACUCCUUCCUCUGUCAAGGAAGACCCUUCCAAGGACCAAGAGGAGAGAGACCGUAGCCAUGAAAGGAAAAAUGGCCGACAGAGGCGCUCUCGCUUCCACUCCGCAACCUCCUCCUGGUCCCCUAAGCGGGACUCCAGGCGAGAUGCAUCGAGGCGCUCCCGUUCCAGAGAACGUGCUAGCAGCCCGCCCUCCAGCCGCUCCUCCCGUCCUCGCAGCAGAGAAAGAGAGCGAGACAGAGAGAGUGACUACUCCAGGAGGGAUCGUAGUAAAGAGAGGAAUAGGAGGCGAUCCAGGAGUCACUCCAGAUCCAGGUCACGGUCUCCCUCCAGAACAAGAUCUUACAGGCGCGAGUCCAGCCCUGAACGCCCGCCCUCCAAAGAUCCGUCUCCCCAGAGGAAAGACCGACAGGGUGGCUGGCGGUCAGGUCAAGGAAUUGGAAACGGCAGCGAGGGACGGAGGUAUCAGGGAGGCGCCGGCCGCUUUGAAAACGGCCUGCCCUCCGAAGCUUCACCAGAACGCCGGGGCUGGUCGGAAAAUCCGGACUGGGUGACAGAAAAGACUCGCAGCGAUGCCGAGAGCAGGAACCGGGACCUUGGUGGUGGAUUCCGCUGGGAAGAUCGAGGGAACGGUGGGGAGUCGAGGGGCCGUGGAGGCUAUGAUCGCGGCAGGGGAACAGGAAGGCAGCCCCGAAACAACUCAGGUACAGGCAACCAUUCAGGGAACGACGCCUACAGCCGCUUCAACGAGAAUCGCGGCGGCGGCCGUUGGAAACAGGACUCAGACACUGGCGACGGCAUGCUGGACCGUUCAGGCUGGUCAUCAGCGUCCAGCUGGGCGGUCCGGAGGACACUUCCUGCAGAUGUUCGGGAUUAUUACUCCAAGAGGGAGCGUGGGGGAACCGGAGGUUGGAACAGAACCGAGGAGGAGCAACCGGCAGCAGAUGCUCCUAAAAGUGACCCCACCCUUCAGGCCGUACCAGGCAACGCUGCGGCGCCCGUGCUGACCGCAAUGCCGCCACCGCUGCCUCCUCAGCUCAACGUCCUCCAACAUCACUUCCCACCUCCGGGACAUCGUGGUCCUCUGCCGGUCAGCUUGCAGCCGGCGGCGCCAUACGCCAUGCCCCCUCCGGUCCCUGUGCACCUCCACCCGGCCGCGCCGCUGCUGCAGGUGCCCGGCGUUGGAGCUCAGGGCCUCCCGCCGCCGCCUCCACCGCCCCCGCCGAUGCAGCAAGGAGGCCAGGCGGCUGCAGCUCCUCCUGACAUCCACACACAGAUGGGGAGUACUUACGGAAAACCAGGCCUGCUUCCUGCUCCAAACAGAGUAGCUGUUGCCGUGGCAACCCAAGGGCAGCAAGCAGUCAGUCACGUGCAGCCAUCAUCUACAACGCAGCCAGGCCAGCACAGCAAGGCCCAGGCUGACAGCUCCAAAAAAGAAAAGAAACAACAGAUCCAAGAGAAAGCAGUCAAUGAAGUGAGGAUAGCCAUCAAACCUUAUUACCAAAACCAGGAAAUCACCAAGGACGAGUACAAGGAGAUUGUCCGCAAAGCAGUAGAGAAGGUGUGCCACAGCAAGAGUGGGGAGGUGAACUCAAGUAAGGUGGCCAACCUGGUGAAGGCCUACGUAGACAAAUACAAACACGCGCGCAAAAAGUGAAGUGUCGCAUUAACGCGGCGCCCAAGUGCAAUUUCCUCUCGCUGGAAAUCAGCCUCCAAACUCAACUCUGACGGAGAGCCGUGAUUUCUUUUUUUUGAUAUCGCUACCUUUUAUUGAACUACAGUAUAUAGAUUGUUUUCUAUAGAUUUCCAUAUUUUGUUAGAGGAAAAAAAAAAAAAAAAAAGACCCAAUCAAAAAUUGUAAUGCAAGAGCCCUUUAUUUUGACCUGCAGGACUACUGUAAGGAGAGCGGGGGCCGGG